AUGGAGGUGAAAGAGCAAAAACAAGACCUGAAUGCUGAGGAUGGGAAGCGCAACUUCAAGACUCAAGGAACAAAGACAAAACGUCCGCACACCUGUCCUCUGUGUGGAAAGAGUUUCAGAAAAAAAGUGAAACUCGACAUGCACAUAGAUACUCACGUUGGAGAGAAACUGUACAUCUGCACUGAAUGUGGAAAGAGUUUUUCAUGGCUUGACAGUUAUAAACUGCACCAGAAAACACAUGAAGAAAAGAGAGAUCAUGAGUGUUUGGAGUGCGGGAAGAGCUUCACUAAAGCUCGACAUCUGAAACAGCACAGACAAAUUCACACUGGAGAAAAAACGCACAAGUGCUUAUAUUGUGACAAGAGUUUCAGUGAUUCGUUGAAGAUGAAGUCACAUGAGCGAAUUCACACUGAAGAGAAGCCUUACUACUGUACUCUGUGUGGAAAGAGCUUCAGAAAAAAUAGUAAGCUUACCAAUCAUCUAAAUGUUCACUCUGGAGAGAAGCCAUUUACCUGUACUCAGUGUGGUCAUGGUUUUAGGUCAGCAUCAAAGCUAAAGCAACACAUGGUGAUUCACUUAGAUGAGAAGCUUUACGUAUGCUGGUACUGUGAAAAAAAAUUUUCACGUCGUGGUGAUUGUAAGCAGCACCAGAAAACACACAGUGGCAAGAGAGAUCAUGAGUGUUUGGAGAGCGGGAAGAGCUUUACUACAGCUGGCCAUCUAAAUCAGCACCACCGAAAUCACACUGGAGAGAGGCCUUUUACCUGCACUCUGUGUGGUCGUGGUUUUAUAUCAGCAUCAAGUCUAAAACAACACAUGAUAGUUCACUCAGAUGAGAAGCCUUAUGCAUGUUCGUUCUGUGAAAAGAGAUUUUCACGUCGUGGUGAUUGUAAUAGGCACCAGAAGACACACAGUGACAAGAGAGAUCAUGAAUGUUUGGAGUGCGGGAAGAGCUUUACUACAGCUGGCCAUCUAAAUCAGCACCACCGAAUUCACACUGGAGAGAAGCCGUUUACCUGCACUCAGUGUGGUCGUGGUUUUAUAUCAGCAUCAAGUCUAAAACAACACAUGAUAGUUCACUCAGAUGAGAAGCCUUAUGCAUGUCUGUUCUGUGAAAAGAGAUUUUCACGUCGUGGUGAAUGUAAGCAGCAUCAGAAAACACACAGUGGCAAGAGAGAUCAUGUGUGUUUAGAGUGCGGGAAGAGCUUUACUACAGCUGGCCAUGUGAAACGGCACCUACUAAUUCACACUGGAGAAAAACCGUAUAAGUGCUCAUAUUGUGACAAGUGUUUCAGUCAAUCUUCAGCAAUGAAAUCACAUGAGCGAAUUCACACUGGAGAGAGGCCUUUUACCUGCUCUCAGUGUGGUCGUAGUUUUAUAUCAGCAUCAAGUCUAAAACAACACAUGAUAGUUCACUCAGAUGAGAAGCCUUAUGCAUGUCUGUUCUGUGAAAAGAGAUUUUCACAUCGUGGCAACUGCAAGCAGCACCAGAAAACACACAGUGGCAAGAGAGAUCAUGUGUGUUUAGAGUGCGGGAAGAGCUUUACUACAGCUGGCAAUGUGAAACGGCACCAACGAAUUCACACUGGAGAAAAACCGUACAAGUGCUCAUAUUGUGACAAGAGAUUCAGUCAAUCUUCAGCAAUGAAAUCACACGAGCGAAUUCACACUGGAGAGAAGCCUUACUACUGUCCUCCAUGUCAGAAGAGUUUUCGAUUUUUAUCAAGUCUUCUCAGACACAUGAAGAAAUGUAAGUCGUCACAGUGAGGAUUGUUUAGUUUUCGGAUCAAAUUCAUUAAAAAACAUUGAGAUAAAAAUGUCGGUCUGAAUGUAGUGAAAUUAUCUGAGAACUAGUAGCACUUGUUGCUGAUUAAGGAACCGAUGAGUUUCACAAAAAAAAUAAUCCUUGCUAUGUAAAUAAUUACAUUUUUUUAUUAUUGUUAGAAGAAUACCAAUUCAUUUAUUAUAACAGUUAUUUUAUUAUGUUCUGAUUUCACACUACUUUGUGUAGUUAAACAGUAAUAGUUGUUGUAAGACGUUUAUCAGUGACUGUGAACAUUACUGAGUUUUCCUGUGAAAUAUUGCGUUUUAGU